AUGCGCCCAGCUCGCUCAAUACGAAACACACUCCUCCUAACAAGACAAAAGCAACCACGCCAUCGUCAAUUCACCCAAUGCGCAAUCCUCCAUAGCACACCCUCCUUCACCCCCCUCACCCGCCGCCUCUUCAAACUCCCAUCUCCACCACCCACUCCCUCCCAAAACCACCAUGACCUCCCCUCCUUCCUCACCUAUGCCGAUCGAAUAGCCCUACCAAAAUCCAGCACAACCUACGUAGGCACGCACUACGAAUACACCGUCCAACAAGUCCUCCGCCGCUCCGCUUUCUCCCUGCACCGCGUCGGCGGGCGCGACGAUCUGGGAGUUGAUUUAGUGGGCACAUGGCACUUACCGAAACACGAGCAUCCACUGCGCGUGUUUGUGCAGUGUAAAGCGCUGAAGACAAAACUGGGUCCGAACCUUGUGCGGGAGUUGGAGGGGUCGUUUAAUCUUCGACCGUCGCCGGUGGAUAAUGGCGGGGGAGGAGGGGGAGGGAAAUUGGGAGUGUUGGUGGGCACGCGCGAGGCGACGAAGGGGGUUAGGAAUGCGAUGGCGAGGAGCUUGUAUCCGGUUAUGUGGAUGAUGGUUGAGAAGGAGAAUGGGACUUUGCUGCAGGCGUUGUGGAAUGCGAGGGGGGAGGAGAUGGGGUUGGGAGGGUUGGGGGUUGAGGUGCAGUUUUCUUCUGAGCUUAGUUCGACUACGAAGAGUAUUGCGUUGACGUGGGAUGGGGAGGAGAUUCCGGGUAUGGAUGAGGUAGAGAGGGAUAUGGCUGGGCUUGAGGACCGGUGGAUGGCGCUGUGGGAGAAGGACAGGUCUAUGCCGGAGAGUCGCAAGUCGGCGCUGUUGGAUAUUGUAGAGAAGCUGUAUCCUGAGGAGAAGCCCUUGUUCAGGGCCACGGGGGCUACCGGGACGUGCAGUAUGCUGUCUCAUGAGGACAGAAAAAAGGUCCUGCAACUCUUGAGCGAGGGCGAGUCCACUCAAACAGAAAAUUCACCAUAA